CUCUCUGUGUGUGUGAGUCUCUCUCUCUCUCUCUCUCUCUCUCUGAGUGAGUGUGUGUCUCUCUCUGAGUGUGUGUCCCUGUGUGUGUUUGUGUGUGUGUGUGUGUGUACACUCGCCAAGCGACGACCUGCAAACAGGCAUCUGAGUCCAGUCCGAGCUACCAGAAAAAAAGAAGAAGAAGCAGAAAAACAGGAACCACAUAAUUUCCGAGUAUCUUUGCCAUGUUCUCGACGAAGCCGGUCCUCCUCCAGCUCUGAUCCCGUCGAACUCGUCGUCUCUCCGGACGUCGACCAUCAAGAACUGGACCAGAAAUUGAUGCAUCUCGCUCCGCGGCGCUGCUUGUUUUUGACCGGUGCAGCUACACGGAGUCCUGCGAGAGGAUUUGCGGUCUGUCAAUGAGGAACUACCGGCUGAUCUUCUGCCACAACCUGAAGCAGCCAUAGAUGAUUCAGUGGUUCUCUGGCCAGGGGAGGAGAGGAUAGGAUACACUUUCACUGCUACACGACGUGAGGUCUUGGCGGGUUUGUGGUGAGGAGGCGGCCAUGAGGAAGAGCGUGUCUCUGUUGCCAGGCAAUGAGGGCGGGAGCUCGGCCAGCACCACACGGGUCUUUGGAGUCCCUUUGGAGGAGGUGUCUCACACACAGACAAUAAGUGGCCAUGAGGUUCCUGCCCUGGUCAAACACAUUGUCGAAUACAUCGAGGAACAUGGUCAUCUGGACCUGGAGGGGCUCUUCCUGGUUAAUGGCAACGCAGAGCGUGUGGAUUGGCUGCGUCAGCGCUAUGACAGUGGUGAGGAGGUGGAGCUGGAGAAGGAGGCUGACCUGGCGUCAGCGGUCAGUUUGCUGCGGCUCUUCCUGCAGGAGCUUCCUGAGCCCGUUAUACCAACAGCGAUACAGGGACACAUACUACAGCUACACCAAGAUUACAGCAAUGAGGAAGAGCUGUGUAGAAACCUGAAGUACCUGCUGCAGCAGCUUCCCCAGCUGAACUACGGCCUUCUGCGUUUCCUGUGCCGCUUCCUGGCCAGCGUGGCAUCACUUCAGCAGGAGAGCUGGAACGUCGGGGCGCUGGCCGCCGUCUUCGGGCCAGACAUAUUCCAUCUAUCAUCAGAAGGAGAGGACCUCCGGGACCAGGAGUCUGUAAGCAGAGUCCUGGCAGAGCUGCUGGACAACCAGGAGGGCCUGUUUGACUCAGAGGACGAUGAUGUCUCCACCACCAACGACUACAGCUCUAUUAACGAACAGAUCACCGAGCUGUUGGAUGAUGACAAGUGUGAGGCGGAAUGUGAAGAGCUCCCCCAGGACGAGGAGGAGGGUCCCGCCUCCUCCGACUCGCCACAACACAAUCACACUGACGACAGCCCUGCAGCCAGCUCCCACCUCUCCCCUAUAUCCAUCCUGCCUACUGACUCUGCUGAGAUAAUUCAGCGAACCAUCAGAGCUGCAGUGGAGCAGCAUUUCUUUGACCUGAAAACCUCCAUCGACCACGGCCUCAGCAACUAUGACAGCCAGGGGAUGAGUCCCAGUGAGCCCUCAGACGAGGGUUGCCAUGGAGAUGAGGAGCAACAAACGGACCCCGAGGACACUCCCUCUGACACCAAAGGGGAAACCCCACUCAAAGAUAGCGAGCAACAAAUGCAACAAAGCCAGACGGACACACAGGAUUCACUGGACACUGACACGUCCCCGGUGAAGAGCUCGGGAAUGGACAUGGAUGCAAACGCUGUCAGAGAUGCUGAGAACAACAUCAACACUGCCAGGCAGGACAAUCAACCCUGUGACUCCAUGGACCAGACGACUGACACUGUAACCUGUCAGGACCCGAGCUCCUGCCGCUGUGAUCAGAACGCCAACACCAGCGAGACCAACAGAAACCACCUGUCGCCAUGCCAACCAAACUCUGGCCUCAACCCCCACCUCCAACUCUUUCCCGACAACCAAUGGGAAGCAUCACCCCCCUCCCAUCUCCAUCUCCCUCCCAUAGAUUUCUCAUGUAUGCAUCUACAAAAAGAUGGCCAAGACCCCAUCCCGGCUUACAAAUCCUGGCAGGAUGAGAGCGAGAGCGGAGAAGCACAGCUCUCCCCGCUGGCUGGUCGCAUGGUUCCUCUCCCCCUUCUGCCCCUGGAGGAGGAUGGCGAGGACGAGGAGGAGGGAGAGGUAGGGCAGGACACCUCCCCUUCCUCUUCCCGCUCGCACCCUCACCUUCUUGCUCGACGCUUUCUCGACUUCGGAGCGCACAGUGCCCAGCGCUUCCUCCAGCAAGACUCAGACGCCACCUCGCCCACCAAAGCACAGAGACCCCGUCGAGCAUCAUUUGGCUCCAAAGAGGCGAUGAGAGGGGGGGAUUCAGUGACCCACCAACUCACCAAGAAGCUACAACACCUGAAGAAGAAAAUUAAGCAGUUUGAAGAGCAGUUUGAGAAAGAGAGGAACUACAAGCCCUCUCAUGGAGACAAGGCAGCUAACCCCAAAGUCCUCAAAUGGAUGACCGACCUCACCAAGAUCCGCAGGCAAAUUAAAGGACGCCAGCACCACCUUUUACCCAGAAGCACGCUGAGGCACCAGGCUUUGCUCCAUUCACACAGACGCCACCAUGCUCCCUCCUCCUUCCCUUCCUCCUCCUCCUCUAUCUGCCCUCCUCCCCAUCACACACUCACCCCCCCACGCCACCCCCACUCAGGCCUGAACUCUAGACCGUUUCACCUCAAUGCCAAACACCGUGCAGAGAGCGAGCUCGGCCCUCAGACUCGUCCUCGGAGCAACACCUUGCCAAAGAGCUUUGGCUCGACACUGGAUCAAGGCACCCAUGAUGCAGCGGGGGACGCUAAAGAUUCGCAUCCCACCAGGGAGGAAACACUGGAGCUGAUUCAGUGCCGGGUCAAAGGGAAGAAGCAGGAGGACGGAUGGCCCGAUGACAUCAAGAAGAUGACCAAGGAGCAGUUGUCCUGUGAGAAGACAGUCCUGCAGAAGAACCUGCUGCACUAUGAAGGCCUGCACGGUCGACCGGUGACCAGAGAGGAGCGUCUGGUGGUGAGGCCUCUCUACGAUCGCUACCGACUCGUCAAACAGAUGCUCACCAGAGUCAGCAUCACACCGAUCACAGUGUCCCCCUCCAGUAAGAGGCGGAGUCAGACCCUCCAGCCAAUCAUAGAGGGAGAAACUGCUCACUUCUGGGAGGAGAUCAAAGAGGAGGAGGAGGAAGAGCGGAAAGGAGGGGGUGGAGCAGAAGAAGAAGAGAAGGAGGAGGAGAGGGAGGAGGAGGAAGAUGAGGAGGAGGAAGAGGAGGGAGAGAGCAGCGGUGGCGAGAUGCAAGGCUCCGAGGUCAUCAUGGCCGUCGACCUCGUGACCCCGAUCGACAGGCAAGUGAGGAGCCAGGACCAAUCAGACCAACAGAGCGACGGUCCAAUGACAGCCAAGCCGGAGGAGGGGUCGGGGAGGCUGGCGCUGGACCUGCGACUCUCCAGCUCCAACGCUUCGUCCAUGCCAGAGCUGCUGGAACAGCUGUGGAAGACCCGAGCAGAGAAGAAGAAACUGAGGAAGACCAUCAGAGAGUUUGAGGAAGAUUUCUAUCAGCAUAAUGGAAGAAACGUUCAGAAGGAGGACCGCGUGCCGAUGCUAGACGAGUACCGAGCGUACAAGAGGAUCAAGGCCAAACUCCGCCUCCUGGAAGUCCUAAUCAGCAAACAGGAUUCCUCCAAAUCCAUCUAGACCCGCCCUCCUCAGCAGCUGCCAAAUCAAUCAACGCACACAUCACUCGCCCAGGAGGUCCGGCCGCCUGCUGGACGCCAUCACACCCCCGAGGGUUUCAUCAAACACUCCUGUAACCACGGGACGAGGUCGUGGUCACUGCUCGGUGCUGCAGUCACGUCACAGAGAAACCACACGAGGGACAGUUCAGGCAGGAAGUUCUGAAACGCUUUGAUUUUACUUUGACAGUCGGAGGAUUUUCUGGAAACAGGAGAUUUUACAGUCACAUUUUAGGGACUUUAGACCGAAUCUGUUCAGGAACCAAAGUAAAGCUUUGGUUUUUAGUUUGUCGUACUUUCUGAUGACGCUUUAUUCAGACUGAAACCCAACACUGGAUGUUGGUAUCAGUAUUAGAACGAGGGAAGAGAAUUUCUUCCUGAAUGCUCAAGAAAAUAUAAGUAAUUAAUAAGGAAAAUAUUUACUCUGGCCCUCAGGCCCAACAUUACCCUGAAGAAUCCACAUUUAAAUCUCAGACUCGUUCAUAUCAGCCCUUUAAAUGUGUCUUAUACGCAAAUAUUUUAAAAACGCUGUCAGAGAAAGUUAAAGUCUUUGUUCACAUCGGCAACAAACAAGUUAUUUCUCGACUUAUUUUCCUUCCGUCCACCAAGUUUCAUGGAAAUCUGUUCUGUAGCUUUUGCUUCAAACAAACCAACAGACAAACAAUCUACUAUUUAUUCUAAUUUGCCAAAUCUGUGUGAGUCUUGUGGAAUAAAAUCACAACUUGAAUUAAUAACAAUCACUUUUAUCAGCAGAGUAGUUUGUGCUCCUCAAAGUUACUGAGACUGUCGGCUGAGAAGUGAUUUUUGGCAUUUUGAUCAGAACAAGUUGUUUUCCUGUGACUCGACUGCAGCAGCGCCCCCACCAGUCCAACCUGGAAUCACUCCACUCAGCCACAGCCGAUCUCUGCUGCCUCAUCUGACGUCAUAUCAUCGGAAAAACAAGGCCGCAGUUUGAAAACACUGCAAAAAAAUAGUCUUCAUCAUUUGUCUUCGUCAUCAUCGUCGUCAUCCCACCAACUCGACGUAAGACUUUGCACUUGACUCGUCUCUGAUUUCCUCGUCUUCGGAGGAAAAGUUCAAAAAAACGUUCUGACUUUUUUUAAUUUCAGGAACUUUAGUGUCGUCGCUCUUUGUUCUCCGUGACGUUUGUUCCUUCAGGCGGAGGAAUGUUAUGAGACAGCUCCAGGACUUUCAGACGCUCUUCACUCAACACGUCUGUUUCCGUUUGGGACGUCGUUCAGUGUGAAGAAGUUCCUCUUUAGCGUCGCGUCAGGGAGUCGCGGUUUCAAACCUAAUCUUAAAACCUGCCUCCCUGGUGCGAAGCCAUCGAUUAUUUUAUUCUGUCGGUGAAACUUUAACAUCUUUCGCGUUCUGACUGGUUUUAACAUUUAUCCACUAAGUUUGAAAAACAAGUUUGUGCGUUUGUUCUUGUUAUAAAAUCCAAUUGUACACAUGUUUGUUUGAGACACCGAUGUUCACGUUGAAUGAAAAAAGAAUCUGUUGCGUUUCAAGGGAAAAUGUUUUAACUCCCAGAGCGAUUCUCCAUUUUCCUUUUCAUUUCUUUGUUCUUCAGCAUUUCGUUUUUUUUUACCUUUUUGUUUUCAGUUUGGUCAGAAGUUGUUCAGCAAGUCGGCAAAAGGUGAACUUUCCCAUGAGCCUCUUGUGAAAAUGCUGCUUUUAAUCUGAAGCCUGAACUUUAAAGUCACAUGUUUGGUAUUUAAAAGCAGAAUUAAACUCAAGACGUUCACAGGAAACAGUCGUACGCAGAUUAGGAGAUUUUGGAGGAAAUGGUUGUAGAAAUCAUCUGGAAUAUUGUGCACUGGUUAUCGAUGUUGUUCCAGUUUUUCAGUUGAACUUGUUCAGAGAGAUAAUGAUGAUGAUGAGGACGAAGAGCCAGUGUUUGUUUUACGUUGCUGCUGCUUCUCUGAAAAACCAAAAGCGUGUUGGUUCCAGGUGUGACCAGGUUUGAUUUCCAGCUUCCUGAGGGAGGAGCAGUGACUGUGCAGGCGUCGUUCAAAAAACAAAAAAAACUUUGGUUGUUCCCUGGUUGAGAUUUUCCCCUGUUGGGAUUUUUAGCUUUAAAGGCUUUAACGUAUGGAUGAGCACUGAUUUUAAACAUCUGUGGUUUAACUGAUAUUUUUCCCCAAACGCUGAAGGUCUGAAUAGAUUCAUUAAUGUCCCGACACAGAGAAGAAGUCAAACCUGCUGUGUUCGUGUCCUCGGUCCAACCUGCAGCUCCAGGGAAGUUUCAUUUCCUGCUGGCAGGUCAAAUGAGGGCAGGCGAGGAGAGAGUUUGUCAUUUUUCUUCUUCUUUGAUGCCGCGUCGUCGUGUCUAAGAUCCGAGUCAAGAUGUCACAAUGUGAUUUUUAAAAAGUGGGAAGAAGACAUUUCCAACAGUUGCUACAUUUUGGCUUCAGCUGGUGAGUUUGUGAAGCGACCGUUCUAUUGUCAGAACCUGAGUCGCUGGUUAACUGGAACGUUUCCGCUGUUGAAGGCAGACGAGACUUCAUGUGCUUUUCUUACUGUAUCGUUGUAGAUUUACCUGCCAGAGUCCGAGCGGCUGCAGCCGGCCACAGACGUGAGGGUUCGAAAGUUUUGAACGAGACUAAAAGUUGGUGUUUGAACAAAACGAGGGAGGUGUGGUGUGUGUGUGUUUGUCGGCACGGUAACGGAGGUCAUUUGUAAAAAGACGUUAUUUGCACAGCAUUCACAGAAUGCAGCCCUAUUGUGUUUUUUUUUUUUUCAUUUGUAUUUCUAAAAAUGAAGCACUACUUCUAUAUAAAUAUAAAUAUAUCCUGUACAUAAAAAAAAAUACACCCGAAGGAAUGAAUGUCAGAAAUGUUUAAAUUAUUUCAAACAUUGCGUUUGGCUCCCCCUUUUGGUUAUAAUUAUAUUUGUGAUGCCCAGAGAAUGUGUUUUUUUGUAUUAAUAUCACUAUGAAUACUACUAUUACUAUCAUAACAGUUCUUUUGUGUGAUGAUUCCGAUGAUAAUAAUCCUUUUGUAUCUACUCACUAACUGUAAAAACCAGCUGUAGAAGUUAGUCUGGCACUGUGUGUGUGGCUAAUCCAACAUGAACCUGCUCUGUUCCUUCUUUCUUUUGUCCGUGUGUGUAAAAUACGUUGAAAUAGAAACAGUACUGUAGUCAGCUUGCAUGGCAACCGAGAACAUGAUAGUGCAAAAAAAAAAAAUCUAAAUAUCAUAUAUUGUUUCUGUUUUUUGUGCCAUGAAGACGCAGCAAUAAUAAAACUGUGUGGAGGUUUUACAGUAUCGACUCGUGACGAGUUGCAUCGACUGUGUGAAUUUCUGAGGUACUUUUUUAAAUUUAGUUUUUUACUUAAGUUGAGUUUAACACAGUUUUACCUCUGUCGUCAGCGUCAUGUUCAUGUUGGCGCCGCUGAAAGAAGCUAAAUACGAAUUGGACACGUAGUUUUUAAUCCUGAUGUUAAAAAGUGGAAACGAUCCGUCGUCUCUGAUCAGUUUUUCUUUUCAGUUUUUUAAAUUUCUAUUCUUUUUCCGGCGCCUCAGUUCCUCACGAUUCAAACUCCUGUAUUUUACAUUGUGCCUGCAACAGAGUGGUAACACGUCACAUGUGGUUCACGCCUCGUAAACUGUAAAUGUGUCUCUGUCCCGUGUACAGUUUGUUUCAUCGCACCUGUCUGACGUCAGUGCACGGUUGUUUCUCUCACACACACACACACACAGACACACACACAUUGGGGGGUUCACAGCAGGGGUCGGAGUCAAAGACGUCUCCCAGGUCACAGCAGCUCCUGAAAGAAAUCAAACCAGUUGUUUUAGUCGAAACAGGAACAGAAGACGUCGAUUAUCCAUCUUACAAAUCUGUGAAGGGACUGUUCGGUUCAUAGAGGCCUUAAUUUUGAAAGGAUCAGUGCUUUAGUUUCUCUCCGACUCAAAGCCGAAGAUGACGGAGCCGAGGAAACAGAUUUUGUUCUGCCAGUGUUUCGAUUCCUCUUCUGUUCGUAAAAGCUCCAGUGAAUUUAUUUAAACUCACGACGUUGUUGACCCUGAACUCUGCUGCUGCUCCUCCUCCACGUGUUUUAUCACAUGAGUAAACUGUGCGUCCCGUGUGUAAAUGUUUUCAUACUUUGUGAAUGCUUAUUUUCCCUGUUAUUUCUUCAUUAACAAAAAGGAUUUGAGAAAAUACAAUCAGUAACAAACAUUUACACAUGAAAAUAAAAAAUGACAAGCUUGCCA